CUCCCUGAGCGGCCGCGCACCGACUGGUGGACGUGUGAGGAGGCGGACGGGGACGGGGACGGCUGCGGCUGCGGCUGCUGUCGGGCAGGGCGCGAAGCAGCUGUGGUGUCGUAUGUGACGCGUUACUGGCUUGCGCAGCCCCGGCGAACCUGUUCGGUAACGGUGCCGUUUGCGUUCCUUAGGAGCUGAAGAUGAGCAAGCCCGUAACGACUUCAACGUAUGUCCGCUGCAUUAGCUAUAGGCUCAUGAGGCAGCUGGCAGAUUUCAUCGAUCCGCAAGAAGGGUGGAAGAAAUUAGCAGUAGACAUAACCGACCCGUCUGGUGAAAGCAGAUACAACCAAAUGCAUAUAAGGAGAUUUGAGGCAUUUGUACAAAUGGGAAAGAGCCCCACGUGUGAAUUACUUUAUGACUGGGGAACGACAAACUGUACAGUUGGUGAUCUUGUGGAUCUGCUGAUUAGGAAUCAAUUCCUAGCACCAGCAAGCCUUUUGCUACCAGAAGCUGUAAGGAUGGCACAAGAAGUUACAUUACCUCUUUCUUCACAGGAAACCAUGCCUAUACAUGAGAAACAACUGCCUAUACAGGAAAAAGAAGUGGCAUCUGUAAAGCCUGUUUUAGCUCAGAGUAUAGAGAAGCAACACUCAGCUCCUUCCUGCUUAAGUCAGGAAAACAGCAGCUCACAGUCUAGUAACACAGAUUUCCAUAAUUUUUGGUUUCAUGACUUGGAAAGUGUUACAAAUAAUUUUGAUGCACGACCAGAAUCAGCUGGAGGUAAUAAACUGGGAGAAGGUGGCUUUGGCGUUGUGUUCAAAGGCUACAUCAAUGGCAGAAAUGUGGCUGUCAAGAAGCUUGUUGCUAUGGUUGAUGUUAGUGUUCAGGACUUGAAACAGCAAUUUGAUCAAGAAAUAAAAAUGAUGGCAAAGUGUCAGCAUGAGAAUCUAGUAGAAUUGCUUGGUUUCUCAAGUGAUGGCGCUCAGCCAUGUCUGGUGUAUGAAUACAUGCCCAACGGUUCAUUGCUUGACAGACUUGCUUGUCUGGAUGACACUCCACCAAUUUCUUGGAAUACAAGAUGUAAAAUUGUUCAAGGUACAGCAAAUGGCAUCAACUUUUUGCAUGAAAAUAAUCAUAUUCACAGAGAUAUUAAAAGUGCAAAUAUCUUACUAACUGAUACAUAUAUACCCAAAAUUUCGGACUUUGGACUUGCAAGAGCAUCUGUAACAUUCACACAAACAAUCAUGACUGAAAGAAUUGUCGGAACAGCAGCCUAUAUGGCACCUGAAGCUUUGCGAGGAGAGAUAACGCCUAAAUCUGAUAUCUUCAGUUUUGGAGUAGUCUUACUGGAAAUAAUAACGGGUCUUCCUCCAGUAGAUGAAAACCGGGAGCCACAGUUACUGUUAAGUAUCAAAGAUGAAAUUGAGGAUGAGGAAGCAACUAUUGAGGAUUAUGUUGAUGAAAAGAUGAGUGACUGGGAUGUAUCUUCAGUUCAUAAAAUAUAUUCAAUUGCUGAGCAGUGUCUGAAUGAGAAAAAAAACAGGCGGCCAGACAUUAAGAUGGUCCAACAGCAUCUACAAGAGAUAAAAACUUGAUACAUGUUUCUUCUGAUACAGAAAUAUUUUUGUAAUGUAGUAGACACAGCAGCAAAUAUUUUAUUACUAUUUAGCGCAAUAUUAUCAGCUAUUCUGCUUUCCAGAACUUCCUGGUCUGCAUGUAAGGUGUUGGCCUCUCGCCCCCGUGCUGUUUUUGUUAACUGAGCAGCCUUUUCACAUACCCAUUUUUCACAUUAGCCAUUGGGCCCUCAGCAUGAGAAAACUUCUUUUACAUUAGCAAAUUGCAGUGCUGGUACAUCUUCUCCACAGCUUUUUAAAUACACUUUUAAAAAAGCAAGAUGAAAGCUUUCUACAGUAGAUAGAUUGACAGAGCAAAGCAGGCUAAAAAUGGAAUGAAAAUGACUAGUAAGAUUCCAGGUACUUUGGACUAAGUAGGUAUGAAAAUAUUACCAUUGUAAAUGAAAGAGGUUAUUUUCAUAUAAACCUUUCUUGCAUCUCAUGAACUUUUUUUUGACAGCUGGAGGGGUAGGAAAAUAGUCUGGCUUACAGCUAAAUUUGAAAUUCCAUUGAUUAUCAAAGAAAAGGAAACAUUGCAAAAUGAUCUGACUGCAUUCACAGAUAUCUAUUUAUCUUUGUAGAAAGCAUGUGGUUUUGAACACUUGUAUUUGUCACUAGAUGUCUAUUAACUCAUUCUAUAUUGUCUUUUAAACCUGAUAGUUUAAUUCAGAAAAAGGUAUCCACUUAAACAGCUUCUAGUUUUAUUGAGCAUAAAUUGUAAAAAGCUGUUAACAUAAAUAAAAACUCAGCAU